CAGCGCAACAGUCAUCCUCUGUGUGUCCGACGCGCUCCAGUCCGCUCUGCAACAGGAGCGAGAUUUGAUUCAGAAAAGUGCAUCCAAGACAUCUGCAGAGAAAGAAACAAGGCGGGUUCCACCCUUGAGACGGGACUCUUUUCUAAAAACUUGAGAAGUUAGAGGUCCAGUUUUUCUUUCUUUCUUUCUUUCUUUCUUUCUUUCUUUCUUUCUUUCUUUCUUUCUUGCUUUCACCUGUCUCUGGACACUGUAAUGCGUCCUGGCUCUGCUCUCCGGACUGUACCUGCCGUGAUGGACCGGGUUUGGAGAUGAGCAGCGGGCAGUGUGCCAGCGGCGCAAGAGGAGGUCUGGACGCGUAGGCCACAAGGUGAGACAGGGUUGAGACUGCCUCAUGUGUUGGUCCUCCUCUGUGUUCUGGUCCCCACCGACCCCCAUCCUCCCAGCAUCAGUGGGAUGUCCCAGGUGUGUCUCCUCUUGGCCUUGCUCAUGCUCUGCAGCUGCACAAAGGUCUCCUCUGCUAACUCUCUGGAGUUUGUGAAGGAGCAGUGGAGCAGCUACAGGGACGAGUGUCUGGACAAACUCAACGCCACGCCCCCUGCGACUGGGUUGGUGUGUAACAGGACCUUUGAUUUGUAUGCUUGCUGGCCUGAUGGGCUCCCAGGAACCACUGUCAAUGUCUCCUGCCCAUGGUUUCUUCCAUGGUACCAAAAAGUUCAACAGGGUCUGGUCUACAGAGUCUGCAGUGACGAUGGUCAGUGGGCGAAAAAGAAUACCAGCGAAUGUGAGGACGACCCUGGUGAGCAGCAGUAUGGUCGCAUCCUCAGUCAGUUACGGAUCAUGUAUACAGUGGGAUACUCCCUCUCACUGGGAGCUCUGCUGCUGGCUCUGGGAAUACUCAUCGCCUUCAGGAAACUCCACUGUAUGAGGAACAACAUCCACAUGAACCUGUUUGCCUCCUUCAUCCUGAGAGCCAUGUCCAUUCUGGCUAAAGACGCCCUGCUCACCCUCACGCUGGACCCGAGGAGCAGCAGCGAGGCCCGGACACAAGCCUGGGUCAACAUACCGGCUGUGAUGUGGUGUCGUGGUGCCAUGGUGAUGAUGCAGUACAGCAUAAUGGCCAACAACUACUGGCUCCUGGUGGAGGGCAUCUACCUGCACAGCCUCCUAGUCAUCACCGUGUUCAGCGAGAAGAAAUACUUCUACAUUUACUUGGCCAUCGGCUGGGGUGCACCCCUCAUAUUUGUGUUGACAUGGAUCACCGUGAAAUAUCUUUAUGAGAAUGUAGAGUGCUGGGAGAGGAACAUUAAUAUGGGAUACUGGUGGAUCAUCCGUUCUCCUAUAGUGUUUGCUUAUGUGAUCAACUUCUUUAUUUUCAUCCGAAUCAUCAAAAUCCUGAUGUCUAAACUUCGAGCUCACCAGAUGAGAUACACUGACUACAAGUUCAGACUGGCAAAGUCCACUUUGACUCUCAUCCCCCUGCUUGGGAUUCAUGCCAUCCUCUUCACCUUUGUCAUUGACGAGUCCGUCCCUAAAGGUUCCAUGCUGCGCCUCAUUCGCCUCUUCUGUGACCUCCUGUUCAACUCCUUCCAGGGCCUGCUGGUUGCCAUCCUGUACUGCUUUGUCAAUAAGGAGGUGCAGUCGGAGAUGCUGAAAAAGUGGAAGAGGUGGAAACUGGGUAAGGACAUUGACGAGGAGUACCGCCAUAGCCACACGCCGCACGCCAAGAGCGGCAGCAUCGCCAAUCUGCCAGAGGUCCACGACAACAACACCUGUGACGUGCCUCCUCUCAACGAAGCUAACAAAGGCCCAUCGGAGGAGAACCGCAGACUGGUUGUCUCCUACAGCAACGGGACGGGGAAAGGCAGACCGACCAAGUGCAGACACACCCUGCAGUUCUCUUUUCAGACACAUACCGGCACCACCGCCACCCAUGACAGCAGUAUGUCAGAGGAUUUGUGUCUAGAAGAACGGGUGCGGUACCGCUCUUAUCCUCUGGAAGGAGAGGAAACUAAUGUCUAACCGCAACUCUCCCUGAGCCCUCGUCAUGAAAUACACUCACUGUUUGUCAUUGGCUUAGAUCAGUGUUUAUCAUGCACCAACAAGCCUGUCUGAGGCAAGAGGAUGAAGAGGUAAUUACACCUUCUGUUUACCUUAGAAGUCAGAGCUGGUCACAAAAUAACAAGUCGGAAAACCAAGAUGGACUCCUCAACGAAAACGUUUUUCUUGAAGACGUUUCAUCACUCAUCCAAUUAGCUUCCUCAGUUCUUAAAGACUGGUGGGAAGUUGGGGUUUAAAGCGGACCAUCUGCAGGUGUUGGUAAUUACAAACUCACAUAACUAGUGUCUGUUAACGACCAGGAAAAUGGAGGAAACUGAUACUGUUUUCUUUCUCCAAUGAAUGGUACUUUAAUGACUCAUUGUUAGGCAGAGACUGCAGUCUCAAUGUGUGGAUGGGGGUGAAACUGCAGUCUCCUCCAACUACAGGUAAGUAUGUUGUCAUUUACAGAACAUAGUCACAGAUCUUGCUAUUCAAACCCCAACUCCCCACUAGUCUUUUAGAUCAGAACCAUCUACUUGGAUGAAACUACGAGACCGCAUGGCUUGGUAUCAGUUUUUUUUUGGACAAAAGCAAGGUGUCAAGAGUCAGAAGUUGAACAACAUUGCUUGUAUGAAUACUUUCAUGAGGUACAGAUAGAAAAAAAAAGUGCACUGCGUAGAAGCUUCCCCGUGCUCCAUGUUGGAUUUUGAGAUUGCGGCUUGUGAGGUUGGACUUGGUGUAGGCAUCGCAGCUGAAAACAAGCAAAAAUUACAAUAACCCUCACGGAUAACGAUGUUCACUGAUGCAAAACAUUUCAGGAAAUACUCUCUGAACCUGCCCAGCGGAAAAGACUAUUUAUUGGCUCUGGGGCCUUCAGGAAAAAAAAAUGAUAAAUUAAAACAAUCAUUGACUUCAUACAUCAGGAAUGAUUAAAUAAUAGUAUUCGGUGUAAGUGUGCGUACAUGUGUGCGUCUAUGUGUUUGCAUACUGAGGACUGCCAUGUCAACACCAGCCCUAUGCACGUUUCCUGCUCCCCUGUUAUUGCCAUUGUGAGAAGUCUUUGUGUUCCGUGUCUGUUGGGCGUCGGCACAUACUUGUGGUACUCAGCAUCCUCUCUGUGUCAAGCCAAAUUUUAUAUUUCCAUUUUUGGUUCUAUAAAACUGAAUGUGAACUGCAGCGUGGACGACUCUUGACCUCUUGUUCGUGGGGGUCAAGAGGAAGACAGGACUGAGCUUUUCACUGGAGACCCCCGAAUCUUAAGGGAGUGUUCAUCGUACUGCGUGGCUGCCUCACAGGAGAUGGACGCUCUCGUCUCCAGAAAGACUGUGCUAUAAUGUGACAACUGUUCUGCUUUUGAAGCCUAACAAGACAAUGACAACAUAUCACAUGUUUUACAUUGAUUAGAGUAUUAGAGCACUUUGGUUUCCAUGCCUUUCCUCUCUUGUUUUAUACUGAGUCUCCAUUUUCAAACAAAAAAUUUUAACUGAAUGUACAUGGCCAAUGGAGAAAUAUGGGUACAAAUAUUUAAGUGUAUAUAUGUAAUUAUGCAUACUGUAUCUGCAACACCUGAAGGUGUCCAAGAUCAUUUAAACUCUACAUUUGCCUUCAUGCAGGCUCAGAGUAAUAGAUGUAUCCAUGAUGCACUGGCAGUUAAUGGAAUGAGAAGCAGUUUGGUUUGAUCAAUGGGAUUUUAAUUAAGGGAACGAUGCGCCAGGUCACCACCAUCACUCUGCUUUAGUCAUUGUCCAUGCCACUGCACACGGAAGAAGAAGGUUUGUGGCACUCAACACACGGUAUGUACAGACGAGGGAUGUCUUUUUGUAUGCCGGGAAGGUUUUUCAAGAGAAGGUUUUGCAUUUCCUUACAUAUUGUAUGAUUUAUAUUCAAUGUUGAAUAUUAAUGAUGGAGGACCAGCCCACUGGUCGAAAUCACACUACAAGGAAAAAAAAUAAAAUAAAAACACAAAUGAACUGGAGCCAGCAAAGAAUUUCACAAAGAAACCUUUUUUUAAUUUAAUUUUAUUUUAUUGUUUAUCGUGAACAUAAAGCAGCCUGAAGCUUAAGGAAGUGCACUGUACAUUGUAAAUAUUGAUCAAAGUGAAUAUUCUAAAGACAGCGGCAGGUUGGUGGAGCGGUGUAUUGUUCUGUGUUUUUGCUUGCAACACGGGUGACCCGAAAAUUGAAUUAUUACAAUUUGGAGAAAAGACUUCAGAUACUGUUCCUUCUACUGAAAAUGUUGCAGUUGUCAGAAUGGGCCUAAAGCAAGCUAUGUCAUUGAGAAAAAGUUUUGUAUAAAAGCCAAAUUACUGUGUCUCGCUGUGUCUCUGUGGAUCCAAUUAAAAUGAAUUCUGUCA